AUGCCGAAGGUGAAGGCGCUGCAAUGCGCCCUGGCGCUGGAGAUCCGCUCUGUAACUUGUCCAGGAGUGGUGCUGAAAGACAAGGAGGACAUCUAUCUUAGCAUCUGUGUGUUUGGCCAAUACAAAAAGACACAAUGUGUCCCAGCCAAUUUUCCACUGGUCUUCAAUGCCAGAAUGGUGUUUGAAAAGGUGUUCCCUGAAGCAGUAGACCCUGGAGAUGUGGUUGCACAGCUUGAAUAUGAUACAGCAUUGUUUGAGUUGAUUCAACUAGUUCCACCAGUGGGUGAAACACUGUCUACGUAUGAUGAAAAUACACGGGAUUUCAUGUUCCCGGGUCCAAACCAAAUUUCUGGACACCAUGAUUCAAACCGCCAGGUUACCAUGAGGAGGAUUUCUGGCCUUCGAGGAAUUGCUCCAAAGCUGGAAUUUUCUACAACUUCAGUGAUUACUGAAUGUCUGAUAAGUUCAAGGAAGUGCCGCACUCAGGAUAAAUUUAUUUACCAUACGGCUCCAGUUGAAAAAUCACACGGCAGACUGCAAAGCAGAACAUCAACAUCAAGAUCACAAAAGAAAAAAUCCAAGUCACCUGAGAGAAAUAAAUAUUGCAUAAAUGCAAAAAACUACGAACAGCCUACAAUUUCUUCAAAAUCACACUCUCCAUCUCCCUACACAAAAAGACGCAUGUGUGAGCUAUCUGAAGACACCAGGCGGCGGCUGGCCCAUUUAAAUCUGGGACCCUAUGAAUUCAAAAAAGAAACAGAUAAACCUCCAUUUGUGAUUAGACAUGUCGACCCCCCAAGUCCCAGGGCUGAUGCUUUAUUUGGGUCUUCUGGCAGAGACUGUGAAAGAGAUGGAUGGUCUAGGAUGCACAAUGAUCAUUCUCAUCUUGGCUGCUACCGACCCAAGGAUUAUAAGGUUAUCAGGACACCCCAUGGGAGAGACUUUGAUGACUCUUUGGAAAGGUGUGAUGAGUAUUUAAGCUCACGGUCAUGUAGCAAGCCACAGCAUUCAGCAAGGACCUUACUCGUCCAUUCAGCACCCUCAACAAUGCCGAAGCAUUCUCCAAGCCCUGUGUUAAAUCGAGCUUCUCUCAGGGAAAGAUUCCAUUCUGAUUGGUGUUCAGCUUCAAACUGCGAUGAGAUCCAUGAUCGGGAUGAGAGAGACCCAGAGAAAGAAGAUGAACUGGAACUGAAAAGAGGUCUUUUAUACAAAGACUCUGCCUAUGACAGUGACCCAGAGUAUAGCUCAUUUCAGCGGCCACGUGGCACUCUCCAUUUGGAUGAUGGUGAAUACUGGUCCAACAGAGCAGCCUCUUAUAAAGGAAAAUCCCACCGACCCAUCUUUGAGAACAGCAUGGACAAGAUAUACAGGAACUUGUACAAAAAGGCCUGUAGUUCUGUUUCUCAUACACAGGAAAGCUUCUGAGACCACCCAUGAUAAACUGUAUGGGUGUCUGUGUCAACUUCUCAAUGAAAACGUUUGAUGUGAUCAAUAUCUGUAUUCUUUUUUUUUUUAAGCAGGUGAUUCUGAGUAGUAGUUAAAUGUGAAUAAGUUUAUUGCUUCAAAUGGUAAAUUAUCAUAGGCAGUCCUUUUUUUUUUUAAUCACAGAAGAGAGUGCUGUAUUCCAAAAGUCAAAGCUCUGCACCACAAUCACAACUUCCAGUCUGAUUAUGAGAAGGAUGUUCUGCCACAUAUAUCUCAUAUCUCCAUCUACAAAUCCAAGAAUAGAU